GUAGAAAUCACAGUAGUCUAAUGAAUUAUAGAUAAUAUUAUCGGCUAAGAAGAUGUGUCACUCUGAUUAAUAUUCACAAAACUGUUAUUCAGUAUUGUAUUUAUUAACAAAAUAUAAUAGCUACUUUCAGAUCACUUUAUUACAAACCAAAAUAUGUUAUUGUGGUGGCUAUUGAAUCUUAUGAUAAUUGUUCCUGGAAUCUAUGUGCUACCUUAUCGGACAGGCAACAAGUAUGUAAACAACUACCAAGAUUACGACGACAACAACAACAACUUGGAUGGGUACUGGGAUGAUAUAACACCUAAUUAUCCAAUGGACCAAAUGAGAAAUGAAUAUGAAACAAACAACCUACAAUACUUAUAUACAGCGCCAGAUUAUCCUAGACCGGUUGUGUCCAGUUCUUUCAAACCAAUAAAUGAAGAUAUGAUACAACGAGAUCAACAGAGAGUACCAUAUAAUGUGGGUGAAAUGGAAGAAAUGGAUGAAGCGGAUAAACUGAAUAGUCCGCCUGAUGAUGGUGAAGACAAAUAUCGCCGCUUAGAUUCCGUAGAGAAAAUUUCCGUAUACUAUUAAUCUGUUGUAAUUAUUUUGAAAUAUCUUACUGAACAAAAUUCUGUAGAAAUC